ACCUUAGCUUCUCUGCCGCGGUGGGGCGCUGUUUCCAUCCAACUUCAAGAAAUCACAUGAUCCAUCCAGAUCCUGUCUGUGCUCUGUGGGAAAGAAAAGCAACACAAACAGGCACACGGUAGAAAAAUGAAGCUGAUCAUUCUUAACGACUACGACCAGGCGAGUGAGUGGGCUGCAAAGUACAUCAGAAAUAGGAUCUUACUCUUUCAGCCUGGUCCAGAAAAAUACUUCACUCUGGGUCUGCCGACAGGCAGCACGCCUUUGGGUUGUUACAAGAAACUGAUCGAGUACUGCAAGAAUGGAGAACUUUCAUUCAAGUAUGUAAAGACUUUCAACAUGGAUGAAUAUGUAGGACUACCCAGGGAUCACCCAGAGAGUUUCCACUCCUUCAUGUGGAAUAACUUCUUCAAGCACAUAGAUAUUGUCCCAGAAAACACCCACAUCCUGGAUGGCAACGCUGCUGACCUGGUAAAAGAGUGCAAUGCAUUUGAGGAGAAGAUUAGUGCUGCAGGAGGAAUCGAGCUGUUUGUUGGAGGUAUUGGACCUGAUGGCCAUAUUGCCUUUAACGAGCCUGGUUCAAGCUUGGUUUCCAGGACCAGGGUUAAGACCCUGGCAAAGGACACGAUUAUGGCCAAUGCUCGAUUCUUUGAUGGCGAUCUCUCUAAGGUGCCCACCAUGGCUUUGACUGUGGGAGUGGGCACUGUCAUGGAUGCUAAAGAGGUCAUGAUUCUGAUCACCGGAGCACACAAGGCUUUUGCUCUGUACAAAGCCAUAGAAGAAGGCGUCAAUCACAUGUGGACGGUGUCUGCCUUCCAGCAGCAUCCACAGACAGUUUUUGUCUGUGAUGAAGAUGCAACACUGGAGCUGCGGGUCAAAACUGUCAAGUACUUCAAAGGGAUGAUGUACGUGCACAACAAGCUGGUGGAGCCUAUCUCAGACAAGAUGAAGAAAUGAUCUACAGAUGUUUUUCAAACUUAGUGUUUACGUUCGAUGUUUGAAUAAGUCAUUCCUCUGUCUUCUGAUGAGAGACACAUCAGCUGAGGUCACAUGACCAUUAUUAAUCUGUGGUUAAAUCAUCUGAUGCUGAUAAGAAGUCAGAAGAAGUCAUUCCAAAAAUAAAAACUGGUUGAGGACCAAGGAUGUUAGAAUGAGUCCCAGGUAGGACAUGAAUGCAUCCUGGAUCACAGAUUUAAGCCUCAAAAAGGUCAUGGCUCCAUUAUCAGGAUUUAGAAUUUUUGGUUUUUGUUUUGCCUUAAUCAUUUGAUAAGGCUGCCAAGCCAACUUACGGUCUGUAAAUGUAAACAUUUUAGAUUUAGCCUUUCUGUCAACUCCAAAUACCCCAAGUCCUAUGUAAUUCAUUAAACCAAGGGAAUACAGGUCUCCAUCAUGAAA